UCUUUCAUUUCUCCUUUCCUUCUUUUGCUUCCUGUCCCUACUCCACCCCCUUUAUGAUAGGCCAUAGUCCUGCCUGACAAGUUGCCUCUCCUUCCCAGUGCUGGCAUUCUGAUCUUCACGACCACCUAGUAUCAGAUCCUCAACUCUCCAGCUUUUACUAUUAUUUUCUUGUGUGUGUGUCUGUGUGUGAAUGUAUGUUUUGCCUGUGUGUCUGUGCCCUACAUGUGUACAGUGCCCAAGGAGACCAGAAGAGAGUGUCAGAUCCUCUGGGACUGAACUUACAGAUUGUUGUGAGCCACCAUGUGGGUGCUGGGACUCAAACUCUAGUUCCCAGCAAGAGUAGCCAGUACUCUUAAUUUUGAGUCAUAUCUCUGGCCCCAACGUUUAUUUAUUUAUACAUACAUAUCCUUUAAUAGGAUUUUAAUUAAUGAACUAUACAUUUAAAUUUAUUAUUGUUAUUGUUGGUUUCAGAGUCUCACUAUGUACUUAUUUAUGUGAAGAGGUGGGGGUGGAGUGGGGGUGUGAAGGCAUGCCCACAUGCCUUCAGAGACCAAAAGAGGGCGCUAGAGCGUCUUUGACCUUUUGAACUGGAGUUAGUAAUGGUUGAGAGCCAUUGCAUGUGGAUGCUGGAAUCCAACUCAGGUCUUCUGCAAGAGCAGUAUGUGUUAACCUUAAGCCAUCCCUUUAGGCCCAUCUUUUUUAAUAGUACAUUUAUUUUUAUUUUAAAUUAUGUGUAUGGGGGGGGUAUGUAUACAGGGUUGCAAGAAUCUACUGCUCUGGAGUCACAGGCGAUUGUGAUCCUCCAACACAAAAACUGUGAAUCAGACCCAGAAUCUCUGGAAGAACUCUUAAUUGCAUGCGGAGUCACUUCUCCAGCCCCAUGAGCUUAAUACAUAUGUUUUCUAACAUAGCUUUAUUUAUUUAUUGUUAUAGGGAUUUGCUAUUCAGCCUGUAAGACUGUAGCCCAGGUUAGUCACAAACUCACUUAGGACCGUCCAGCUUCAAAAACCUGCAUCACUUAGUUGCACUAUAUACACACACACAUAUAUAUAUAUACACACACAUAUAUAUGAAUGAAUAUAGUCUUUUACAUAUGUACAUACAGAAAACCUUCUUUAUUAUUCUUCCGUUUAUUUUACUUUCAAGAUUUAUUUUUAAAUUGUGUAUGUGUGCACACGUGGUGGGGGAUGUUACGUGCACGUGAGUACGUGCACCUGAGGAGGCAAGAGGAAUGGGAACUCCUGGAGCUGCAGCCGGAGGCAGGUUCCAGCUACCCGAUGUGGGAGCUAAGAAUUGAACUUGGGUCCUCUGAACGAGUACAAGAUCUUAGCCCCUGAGUCUGCUCUGCGGCUCUUCCUCCACAUAUUUUUAAAGAAAGUUCUUCAUUAUCCUUCCCUGUAGUCCUUAAAAAACAGGCUGUUAAUCUCCAUUUCUCAAUUACAGUGAUGCCGCGUCGGGGAAGGUUGGGGUCCUAGUCGCCCCAAUGCGGAACUUCAGUUUGGAGAGGGCCUGAGUUACUUCCCGCCCAGUACAGCUCCACCCGCGCAUCCCCGGGCGUGGCCGAGCGCGGCCCCUUUAAGAAGGGGGGCGGAGCGCGAGUGGAAAGACAAAGCCCCUGGCCGCGCGCUCCCCCUCCCCCCUCCGGCGCAGCACACGGACAGUGAGUGCCCGGAUGUCGGUGUCGCCGUCGGUGACAGAUGGCGCAAUGUCUGUAUCAGUGACAGGGCUUUUUGCUCUGACCUCUUUGAGUCUUCCGCUUUUCGUCCUCCCCCUCCUACUGCUGUCCCAUUACUUUUGAAGUCCGCCACUGGAGGCCCGCACGCCCGUCCCCGGCUCUUACAUAACGUGACCUUUCACCUUUUCAGACUGCCCUCUGCUGCGCUGCAACUCAACUUCGCGGCUGGAGCCCAGGGGGCGGGACUCGACCUCGGAGCGGCAGCCUCUCUGAGCCAAUAGGCUGCGAAGGCCGACGAGCCCUCCGCCUAUCGGAGCCUCCGCCCCAGGGCGCCACGGAGAAGCAAGUUAGUCUGUGCGCUGGCCCGGCAGCGGGGGGGAGGAAGGGAAUCUCCCGCCAUUUUUCAAUAAUUUCCUCCCGUGCCCGCUGGAGAGGAGUCGUGACUGGCGGCCGCCGCGGCGGAGAUCGGCGUGAGGUGAAAGGCGCCGGAAGGGGCGAGGAGAAUCUCUCCGUUUUCUCCCCUCGAGGCGUCCCCCUGGCUUCCAUGGCCGUGGCGCGGUCCCGCCAGCUCUGAGGGAAGCCGGAGUUCGCGCCGCCCUCUCACCCCUCCCCUCCCCCAUCGCCCCGGGAGCCAGGCGCCUCGCUCGCUCGCUCGCCCCGGGGCUGCCGGGGCCUAGCGCUGCGCAGCAGAGCGGCCGAGCCUUCGGCGCUCCGUCCCCUGCCGGCGCCGCCGCGAUGGCGCCGCUGCUGGGCCGCAAGCCCUUCCCGCUGGUGAAACCGCUGCCCGGAGAGGAGCCGCUCUUCACCAUCCCGCACACUCAGGAGGCCUUCCGCACCCGGGAAGAGUAUGAAGCCCGCCUGGAAAGAUACAGUGAACGCAUUUGGACGUGUAAGAGUACAGGAAGCAGUCAGCUAACACACAAGGAGGCCUGGGAAGAGGAACAGGAAGUUGCUGAGCUUUUGAAGGAAGAGUUUCCUAACUGGUAUGAGAAGCUUGUUUUGGAAAUGGUUCACCAUAACACAGCCUCCUUAGAGAAGCUUGUCGACUCUGCCUGGUUAGAGAUCAUGACCAAAUAUGCCGUGGGGGAAGAGUGUGACUUUGAGGUUGGGAAGGAGAAAAUGCUCAAGGUGAAGAUAGUGAAGAUUCAUCCUUUGGAGAAAGUUGAUGAAGAAGCUGUUGAGAAGAAAUCUGAUGGGGCCUGUGAUUCUCCGUCAAGUGACAAAGAAAAUUCCAGUCAAAUGGCUCAGGACCUCCAGAAGAAGGAGACAGUAGUCAAAGAGGAUGAAGGCAGGAGAGAGAGUAUUAGUAUGUAUGAUGCUAGCCUUGCUCCUGAGUUGAGACGGUGCUCAUUUGUUAGGUAGAAAUCUAGCUUUCUGUAGCAGCCACAUGUACAGUUAGGUUUUUAUAUUGUCAAGAUUUUAUUCAUUAUGAUUCAAAAAACCACUAACAUACCCACAACGUGACUUAGGACUUAAAACUCCCUAAAUAAUUGAGACCAUUCUUAACCAGGAUGGUAAAGAAAAUUGGAUUUCUUUUAAUUUUCCUACUUUUUUUGUUUGUUGUUGUUUUUCUUUUGAGUCAGGGUCUGAAUAUGUAGUCUAGACUGGCCUCAAUUUUGGAGUGGUCCUCUUGUCUCUGUCUCCUGAAUUCUGGGAUUACAGGUAUGCACUAAGAUACACCUAGGGCCCUUUGUUCUUUUUGGUUGAUUGGUUUUUUUUUUUGUUUGGUUGGUUUUUUUGUUUUUUUUUUUCUUAAUCAAGGUCUUACUAUGUAGUCCUGGUUGGCAUGGAACAGAGAUCUGCCUGCUUCUGCCUCCCAAGUGCUGGGAUCCGUGUGAUGUGUGCCACCACUUCCUGCCCUCUUGCCUUUACUCCUAAAGCCAGAAACAUGUACAUGAGUGUAGAGAGGGCAGUAAUCCAGGUAGACAGAGCACAUUCUAAUCCCUCCUGGUCCUCACAGUGCAGUCUAGUGUGGUGGCUUUCAGAUACAGCUUUUCUGUUUGUCUCUUUUGACCUGACUUUCAGGUAGGAGCCACUAGAAUUCUGAAACACUUUGUUAACCAAAUAUAAUUUUUACAGAUCUGGAGACUAAAAUAAUACUUUAUAGUUAGAAGAACUAAAAGCAUUGCCCACUUGGAAAACAUCUCUGAGAAUGUGUCUUAGUUUGGAUUUCUAUUGCUGCGAUGAAAAUACCAUGACCAAAAAGCAAGUUGUGGAGGAGAGGGUUUAUUCGGCUUACACCCCCACAUCAUAGUCCAUCAUUGGAGGAAGUCAGGACAGGAGCUCAAGCAGGAGCUCAUGCAGAAGCCAUGGAGGCAUGCUGCUUGCUUACUGGCUUGCUUCCCCUGGCUUGCUCAGCCUGCUUUCUUAUAGAAUCCAGGACUACUAGAACAGAAAUGGGCUGUUCACUAAUUGAGAAAAUGCCUUGCAGCUGGAUCUCUCGAAUGCAUUUCCUCAACUGAGACUUCUUUUUCUCUGUGAUGAUUCUUGCUCAGUUGUCAUGCAAAACCAGCCAGCACAGAGUGUUACCACAUCCUAAGCCUUUAUUAUAUGCACUUAAGACUAUUUAAAUAAGGAAAUUAACUGUCCUAGAAUCCUUUUGUCUCAAAAUGAGCACACAGUAUUUGGUAUAUAUGGUCUGUACCUGUUGGUUGAUUGAAUAAUUUCACCUUGCUAUUUUAAUUGCCACUUUUUCUGCCAUUCUUUCUGUUGCAUCAAGAUGUUUUGGAUCCAUGCUGAUCAUUUUAGAGGUCAUAUAGUAAUAAUCUGAAGGAAACUUGUGAGACUAGUUGUAGCUGGCUUUUGUUUCAGCUGUGUUUUCUGCUUUGUUGGGGCUGCAUAUUCACAUCGUUUCCAGCUUCUCUCUUUGGAACUGAAUAUUUGUAAGUUUAUUCUAUUUUUAUUUGUGAGUGUAUGUAUGCCCUGUGUAUAGGUGCACAGAGGCCAAGAAAGGGGAUGAGACCCUCCACAUCCAGAGUUGCAGGUGAUGGUGAGUCAUCCAGCGUGGGGGCUGGGAACUGAACUGUUGUCCUCUGGAGGAACAGCAGCCAGUGCUCUCAACUGCUGAGCCAGCUCACCAGCCCCUAACUCGUGGAAAUUCUGGUUGCCUGAGGUAGAAAAUUGUUUUCAUGAGGAACUGACUGAGGAGGAUAUCUUCUCACUCUUCCCCCUCUGACUGGAGAGUCGGUCAUUGGGAUACCAGUGAUAUGUGAGACUGUCUGGGGUCAUUCCUGAAACAUUGGUACCCACAAAUAGGAAUUUAGGCUUUGACUUCCUUUUUAGUGUGUUUGCCUUAGUUAGGUUUUAAUAACUGAUAUUCCUAAUGUGUAGAAAGCGGAAGAGGCAGAGUUUGAAUUACGUUACAAAACACCGAAUGUUUUCUCUAAACAGUUAAGAUUUCUGUAGGAAUGUGAUAAAAUUCUAGUUUCCAUAGUAUUUUCUUGGUGGAGGAAAAAGGUUAAUAAUAUAUCAGGCAGGAACAUGUUAGCUCUAUAUUCUUAUUUUGGCUUGAUAUUUUUAUUCUUUGUUUUUUUUUUAAUACUGGUCCUCCUAUUUGUACCUCCCAGAAGUUGGAAUUACAGCUAGGUGUGCUACCACACCCAAUGAGACUCUUCUAUCCUGUUUAUUCCGAGGGUCUUCAGAAUAUUAUUUUCUCUGCAUACUGACCAAUGGUUGAAUCCUUUGUAUUAAUUAUGAUUUAACUUGUCUGAUUUUUUACUUUUUUGCUUGGGGACAGUGACUCAAGCAGGCUAGCCUCAAGCUCACUAUGUAUCUGAGGCGACGUUCAACUCCUGAUCUUUCGGCUCUAUCUAGAGAAUACUGGGUAUUGUUAUAGGCUGUGUUGCUAUACUUGGAACUUUUUCUUUGCAAGCUUUUAUGACAGCCUAGGACUGUAAUUUGCUCUGUGACCCAGACUGACCUUACUCUGUUGAGUUCUGGGGGUUAAACGUGUAUCAAAUAUAUGCUUCCACGCCUGCAUUUGUGGCACCUUUUAAUAAUUAUACGGGUUCUAAUCAGGUGCAGAUAGCUUCUUACUUGCUGAGUACAGAGAUUUUUUUUAAGUCAUUUUACUUUUUUGAAUUUUUAGAGAUUUCAUGUGUCAGUAUUUUACCUGCAUAUAUAUGUGUGUGUGUGUGUGUGUAUAUAUAUAUAUAUAUAUAUAUAUAUAUAUAUAUAUAUAUAUAUACACACACACACAUACAUACAUGUGUUUUAUAUAUAUAUAUAUAUAUACACAUGUAUGUAUGUAUGUAUGUCUGUGCACCACUUGCAUACUCUAUGCCCUUCAAGGCCAGAAGGUGCCAGGUUCCCUCCAUUUAGAGUUACAGAUGGUUGUGAACUGCUGUGUGCUGGGAAUCAAACCCAGGUCCUCUUGCAAAACAUCCAGGUUUUUGUUGUUGUUGUUGUUUGUUUGUUUUUAAUCUUAAAUUUAUUUUCUGUGUAUGGGUAUUUUGCAUGUAUGUCUGUGCACCACAUGCAUGCAGUGCCCAUGAAGGCCACAAGAGGGUAUUAGAUUCUUCUGAAACUGGAGUCACAGAUGCUUGAGUCAUCCUGAGUGCUAGGAACCAAACCCAGGUUGGACCUCUGAAAGAGUAACAAGUGCUCUUAACCUCCAUACAAUCUCUGUAGCCCCGGUUGUUUUAAUGUUUUUGUUAGAUUUAACACUGUGGUUAUCCUGUCAUACUACACAUUCUUUUAUCCAUGUCUUUAUUUUAUGUGUUUAGGUGUUUGCCUACAUGUAUGCGUACACCAUACAAUGCCUCAUGCCUCAGAGGUCAUAAAAAGGCAUUAGGUCUUCUGGACUGGAGUUACUGACAAUUGGGAACCACCAUGGGGUGUUGGGAAGUUAACCCAGGUCUAUUCUUCCAUUUUUCCAGCUCAUACGUCAUAUUCUUUUAGGUGUUUCAUGCUCACCUUCUGGAACAUUCCUUUUCUGUACUUCCAGAGUAUUCUUGUUUGUCAGCCUGUAUUGUGGGAUUGUAGGCAUUUACUUACCUGAUUUCCUGCAUAGACUAGCUCGUGGAAGUUACAAGUAUUACACCUCAUCAGUGCCUGGUAUAAGGGAGGGACUGAAUGAAGUUAUUAGUUGUGAGUAAAUAAGUUGAAUUAAAAUAAUUUUAUUAUUAUUAUUUGCUAAUUUCCUGUUGAUUUGACUAGAUGACAGAGCGCGUAGGUCUCCACGAAAACUUCCUACUUCAUUAAAAAAAGGAGAAAGAAAAUGGGCUCCUCCAAAAUUUCUGCCUCACAAAUAUGAUGUGAAGCUACAAAAUGAAGAUAAGAUCAUCAGCAAUGUGCCAGCAGACAGCUUGAUUCGAACGGAGAGACCACCAAAUAAGGAGAUACUUCGAUACUUUAUUCGGCAUAAUGCCUUACGUGCUGGUACUGGUGAGAAUGCACCUUGGGUGGUGGAAGAUGAAUUGGUGAAGAAAUAUUCCCUGCCUAGCAAGUUCAGUGACUUUUUACUUGACCCAUAUAAGAUCCCCCUGAGUCCAGCCAUGCCGGCUCCCAUUUGGCUGUGACUACCCAGCAUGCUCCAUGCUGAGAUGAUCCAGCUACUGAAGGACUGACUGCUCACACCGGGAGCCGGCCUGUUGGGAGGGGGUUGGUAUAUGACUCUCAAUCCCUCUACCAAGAGGAGGAAUACUGGAUCUCCAGACAGGAAGCCCUCAAAGAAACCUAAGAGAGACAGUUCUUCUCUGAGUUCCCCACUAAACCCUAAGCUGUGGUGUCAUGUGCACUUGGAGAAGUCGUUAAAUGGCCCACCACUCAAAGUAAAGAACUCAAAGAAUUCCAAGUCUCCGGAAGAACAUUUGGAAGGGGUGAUGAAAAUUAUGUCCCCCAACAACAACAAGCUACACAGCUUCCACAUUCCUAAGAAAGGCCCAGCCGCCAAGAAGCCAGGGAAGCACAGUGACAAACCUCUGAAGGCCAAGGGCAGAGGCAAAGGCAUCCUGAAUGGACAGAAGUCCACAGGCAACUCCAAAUCACCCAGCAAGUGUGUGAAGACUCCUAAGACCAAAAUGAAGCAGAUGACUUUGUUGGAUAUGGCCAAAGGGACUCAGAAGAUGACCCGCACCCCACGGAGUUCUGGGGGUGUGCCAAGGUCUUCUGGUAAACCUCACAAACACCUGCCUCCUGCAGCUCUGCAUCUGAUUGCCUAUUACAAAGAAAAUAAAGACAAAGAGGACAAGAAGAGUGCUCUGUCCUGUGUUAUCUCCAAAACAGCACGUCUCCUCUCCAAUGAAGAUAGAGCCCGUCUUCCAGAAGAGCUCCGGGCUCUUGUCCAGAAACGCUAUGAGCUCCUGGAACAUAAAAAGAGGUGGGCCUCUAUGUCUGAAGAGCAACGGAAAGAAUAUUUGAAAAAGAAACGACAGGAGCUAAAGGAGAGGUUGCGGGAAAAAGCCAAAGAACGGAGAGAGAGAGAAAUGCUGGAGAGGUUAGAAAAGCAGAAGCGAUUUGAGGACCAGGAGUUAGGUGGCAGAAACCUCCCAGCAUUCAGGCUGGUAGAUACCCCUGAGGGGCUCCCCAACACUCUUUUUGGGGAUGUGGCCCUGGUGGUGGAGUUCCUGAGCUGUUACUCUGGGUUGCUCUUGCCCGAUGCUCAGUACCCUAUCACUGCUGUGUCCCUAAUGGAAGCCUUGAGUGCAGAUAAAGGUGGUUUUUUGUACUUGAACAGAGUGCUGGUCAUCCUGCUACAGACCUUACUUCAGGAUGAAAUUGCAGAAGACUAUGGAGAACUGGGAAUGAAGCUGUCAGAAAUCCCCCUCACCCUGCAUUCUGUCUCAGAGCUGGUCCGGCUCUGCUUGCGCAGGUGUGAUGUCCAGGAGGACAGCGAGGGCUCAGAAACAGAUGACAAUAAAGAUUCCACACCAUUUGAGGAUAAUGAGGUGCAAGACGAAUUUCUAGAGAAGCUGGAGACAUCAGAAUUCUUUGAGCUGACCUCAGAGGAGAAGCUACGGAUAUUGACAGCUCUUUGCCACCGUAUCCUCAUGACAUACUCUGUGCAAGACCACAUGGAGACAAGACAGCAGGUGUCUGCAGAGUUGUGGAAGGAGCGGCUUGCUGUGCUGAAGGAGGAGAAUGAUAAGAAGAGAGCAGAGAAGCAAAAGCGGAAGGAGAUGGAAGCCAGAAAUAAAGAAAAUGGCAAAGAGGAGAAUGUGCUAGGCAAAGUGGACAGGAAAAAAGAAAUUGUGAAGAUUGAACAGCAAGUAGAAGUGGAAGCAGAUGACAUGAUCAGUGCUGUCAAGAGCAGAAGGCUGCUUAGCAUGCAAGCUAAGAGGAAGCGGGAAAUCCAGGAGAGAGAAACAAAAGUGAGAUUGGAACGGGAAGCUGAAGAGGAACGAAUGCGGAAACACAAGGCUGCUGCCGAGAAGGCUUUCCAGGAAGGGAUUGCCAAGGCAAAACUUGUACUGCGCAGGACACCUAUUGGUACAGACCGCAACCAUAACAGAUACUGGCUCUUCUCAAACGAAGUCCCAGGAUUAUUCAUUGAAAAGGGCUGGGUCCAUAAUAGCAUUGACUACCGGUUUAAGCAUCACCGCAAAGACCACAGCAAUUUACCUGAUGAUGACUACUGUCCUCGAAGUAAGAAAGCAAACCUAGGCAAGAAUGCAAGUGUGAAUGCGCACCAUGGACCAGCACUAGAAGCUGUGGAGACCACUGUGCCCAAGCAAGGACAAAACUUAUGGUUCCUGUGUGACAGUCAGAAGGAAUUGGAUGAGCUGCUGAGUUGCCUCCAUCCUCAGGGAAUCAGGGAAAGUCAGCUUAAAGAGAGGCUGGAGAAGAGAUACCAAGAAAUUACUCAUUCUAUUUAUCUGGCUCGGAAGCCAAAUUUGGGUCUAAAAUCUUGUGACGGCAACCAGGAGCUCUUAAACUUCCUGAGGAGUGAUCUUAUUGAAGUGGCAACGAGGCUGCAGAAAGGAGGACUUGGCUACAUGGAGGGAACAUCUGAGUUUGAGGCCCGGGUCAUUUCCUUAGAGAAACUGAAGGAUUUUGGUGAAUGCGUCAUUGCCCUUCAAGCCAGUGUCAUAAAGAAAUUUCUGCAAGGAUUUAUGGCGCCUAAGCAGAAGAAGCGGAAACUCCAAAGUGAAGAUUCCACAAAGUCCGAGGAAGUAGAUGAAGAGAAAAAGAUGGUAGAGGAAGCAAAGGUUGCCUCUGCACUGGAAAAAUGGAAAACAGCAAUCCGUGAAGCACAGACCUUUUCCAGGAUGCAUGUUCUACUUGGGAUGCUCGAUGCAUGUAUCAAGUGGGACAUGUCAGCAGAAAACGCUAGGUGCAAAGUUUGUCGAAAGAAAGGUGAGGAUGACAAGCUGAUCCUGUGUGACGAGUGUAAUAAAGCCUUCCACCUGUUCUGUCUGAGGCCGGCCCUUUAUGAAGUACCAGAUGGCGAGUGGCAGUGUCCAGCUUGCCAGCCUCCUACUGCCAGACGCAAUUCCCGUGGCAGGAAUUACACUGAAGAGUCUACCUCUGAGGGCAGCGAGGGUGAUGAGAGCGGUGAAGAGGAAGAGGAAGAAGAGGAGGAGGAGGAAGAAGAAGAGGAUUAUGAAGUGGCUGGCUUGCGGCUGAGACCUCGGAAGACCAUUCGAGGCAAGCAGAGUGUCAUCCCUGCAGCAAGACCAGGCCGACCGCCGGGUAAGAAGUCACAUCCUGCCAGAAGGUCACGGCCAAAGGAUGACCCAGAGGUCGAUGAUCUGGUACUUCAGACCAAGCGUAUCUCGAGAAGGCAGAGUCUGGAGCUACAAAAGUGUGAGGAUAUCCUUCACAAACUGGUGAAGUACCGCUUCAGCUGGCCCUUCCGGGAGCCUGUGACCAGAGACGAGGCUGAGGACUACUAUGAUGUGAUCGAGCACCCCAUGGACUUCCAGACCAUACAGAACAAAUGCUCAUGCGGGAACUACCGAUCUGUGCAGGAGUUCCUCACUGACAUGAAGCAAGUGUUUGCCAAUGCCGAGCUCUAUAACUGCCGCGGCAGCCACGUGCUGAGUUGCAUGGAGAAGACAGAGCAGUGUCUGCUGGCUCUGCUGCAAAAACACCUCCCCGGCCACCCCUACGUGCGCAGGAAACGCAGGAAGUUUCCUGAUAGGCUCGCUGAUGAUGAAGGGGACAGUGACUCAGAGUCUGUUGGACAGUCCAGGGGACGGAGACAGAAGAAGUAAAGAGGCAGGGCCCUAGUGAGGGAGCUGAGGAGGGGGACAGGAGAAGCCCUCAAGGGGUGUGGGGGAGGCAGGAAAGCUGGGAGGAUUUAAAGGAGAAGUAACUGGAGCAUCCAGAAAUGCCUGUCAUGCCAAGCUUGGGCUUCUCCUGCAGUUCCCCAUGGGGCCUUUUUCCAGCAAAGGCAAGCUCUUGGGGAGCAUCAUGCUAGCCUGAUGAGCCCUGCCCAGAAAAGCUCGCAGCAGAAGUAGGUCUCCCCCUGAGAGUUGGAGAAGCCUAGGCAUGGAUUCUGUGAGCUCUGCCCUGCUCUCCUCCUCUCCCUCCUCCUCCUGCCUCAUUACAGCAGUGCCAAGCCCCCUGGCCUCAAAGAGGGUGCUGUACCCCACAGUAGGAAGGAGCGUCAUCUGGCCACGCUGGGUGAGGUGUGGAUCUUUUGAAUUUAUAUUUAUACACAGUCCUAUUUCUUUACGUCCGCACUGUCUCUUCCUCCUCCUCCCUCUCAGGUGACAGUAUCAGCGAGUGCCAUACAGAAUUCCGUGUUCACCAGCAUCUUGGGACAGUGUGGGCUCUGAGUUGAUCGUGGCAGAGUAGAGGGACAUUUUCUGGAGCUGUUCCUGAGGACUCUCCAUUGUGCAGCCCUUCCCCGCCCUCACCCAGCUCACUGCCUCAUAAAAGACAAAGCAAACUAAGGCACUUCCCAUAGACUGGGGUCCUGCUUCCAAUCAUGCUAUGACCUAGGCUUUAAUGGCUCUGGCCAGAGGGGUGUUGGAGCCCAGCCCACCCACAAACCAGACAAGCCCUUAGGGAGCCAGAAAAAGAGCAGGAAGAAGUUAAAAUGUUUAAUUUUUUAAAUUGACUUUUGUAGUUAUUAAAGUUGCUUGUUUCCGCAGUGAUAUUGUAUAAAGAACAUCUUGUAAAAUACUUGUCAUCUUGCUUUGGCACAUGUACAGUACAGUUUCUAUGAUAUGUGUUCGCUUUACUACCCUCAAAGAGGCCAGCGGGCAGCAGGAUCUCGGGUUGGCACCAUCUCUGCCCUGGCGGCACUCUACCUACCUGUGGGUGCCUGUUCCUCCAGGGCCCACUCUGCAGACCUAGAGCUCCUUCCGAGGGCUUCUAGCGGAGUGUCAGCAUCUGGAGGGGGUGGGGAGGGCCAGCUCUGCCCUCUGUAGCCAGUCUAGCCUCGUGUUGUAUUUAGGCAAAAGUUUGUAGUCUGCGUUCCCUUUUAUGACAGAUUUUGAUAAAAGUACAAGACAGGGUUUAAUUUUCUUUUCCAUCGAUUUUGAAUUUGAAAAAUGUGAGUCCCUCAGCUCUUCUUGUUUAAAGGAAAAGAAGUCCACCAGGUCCGGAAGCUCACCAUUCCCAGGGCUGAGGGAUAGCCUUGCUGUGGCUCUGGGUGUCCAGUGGCUGAGGAAGGCUUCCUUUCCGUUCCCUCCUGCAGGCUUGGUUGAGGUUAGCGCUAACACUCACGCUGUGAUCCCUGGCACUGCUGCCUCCCUGCUUCCUACCCUAGAUGUUGGUGUUGUAGCAGAAAGCUGGUGUUCCCACUGCAGUGACAUCUGUCUGCAUGGUGGAUUUUUAAGUUGUCUUAAAGGAGGAAGGGCCACGGUAAAGGGUAGACUUGUAAUAAAUUGGAAUUUCAAAUAAACAUUAUGUACUUGUGUUUAUAAAGAAGA